ACUCAACAUGUCGCUGAUCGGCGUCGCGGACAGUUGCUGACAACACGCUGACCGAUUUGGAUAUACAAACGCGCAUUCGUAUCGUACCGGUUUCUCGUGAAACAUCACACCACAAAUCACCGUUCAAAGCCGUCGCGUACCGCUCAACUCAACUGCUGUGCCUACAAUACGACUCAGUUCAAUUCCAAUCGCACAGCGCGCUGCUCCAUCAUAUCCGUCGCCGCCAAGUGCCGCAUGCCGCGCGUCUCCCGCCCACUUUCAUUGUGCUGCUGUCUCGGUCAUAUCCAUGUAUAAAUGUUUUUAUUGUGAUGUUGUUGUGUAGUGUUUUUUUUGUAAGCGAGUGAUUUUCUCAUUCCUUUAUACUCUAACUUAACUGGAAAAAAAAAUAAAUCUGUAUUUGCGCUUAGUUACAUAUAGUAUAAGUACUCGUAUUUAGUGGAUAUUCGUAUCUGCAAAUAAAAUAUUUUCCAACCGUUGCGCUACAGAAUUUGAUUGUGCGUAAAAACGGUUUGCGAAUUCCGCGAUUUUAUUUUGUUAUAAUUCUUUACAAUCGCACUGAAUCCCUACGAAAUCGUUUGGCGCAUCGCCUCCACCUCGUAAAUAACAUUAAGCCAAUAAUGUAUGUAGAUAUAUGAAAGCAUACAUAUGUGCAUAUGGAUAUACAUACAUACAUAUAUGCAUACAUAUGUAUUUAUGCAUAUACAGCCAGUCGUCCAAGAUAAGAAAAAUUGCGCGUAAAAUCAAAAUACAUAAUUAAUUAAAUAAAUAUUGUGAAAAUCAAAGUUGAACAUGGAAAGAAGCUCAGCGGUUUGAGAAUUUCUACAACACAAAUUAAGUUUGAGAAAUAAGCGCAACAGAUGCUGGGAUAUAGAUUGGAACAUUUCACGAACGGACAAGUGUGUGGAAUUCCUUAGAAAAGCAUUCCGUGUAGACCGUAGAAUACAGAAGGAUGCUUCAAAGGCAACAAAAACCACUUUUACGACGAUUCUAUGGAUAUGGACUUUCUUUCUGAUGCAAUCUUUUCGGAUUUAGAUCGAUCCGAUUUCAUUGGAGGCAUCGACAAUGAGGCAAUCGAUUUCGGUAAUCUGGAACAGUUCAUGCAGGUUGAAGCUGCCGUUGGUCAAUUGGAUGCACAGAAUAAUUGCAGCAGCAACGGCAAUGCAAGUAAUACACGCGGUCAUCCGCUAGGCUGCGGCUCCAAGACCGAUUCAAACCAAAAUCAAAAUCAAAAUCAAAACCACCACCAACAACAACAUAACUCACAUCAACAACAACCGCAUCCAGUCGAUGGCAAUAUUUCAUUGGUCAGCGUAUCUGCGCGUGUCAGCCUGGCAUCCACACCAAUAGCAACACCGAUUUCAAGCGUAGUUAGCCAGAGUACACCGCACAUGCCUGACAGUCCGCCCGAUUCAGGCUCGGAGCCGCCCUACAGUCCGCUGCAAGACGUUCAUGGCCUAACGCUGACCUCGCGCGACGUCUACAAUGGUCUUUCGGCGCUGCAGUCUGACAUGCAUUUGCAGUCACAAUUCACACCACCGCACCAAACACAAACACAAGCAUCGCAUCACCACCAUCAGCAGCAACAUCAGCUGCAUAACAACAAUUCCAACAACAAUAGCUCUAUUCAAUUGCAUUACAAUCACAAUCACUCUCCAACAGCGCCACCAAGCGACACAAUGGGUGGAAUACGUGUGAAGCACGAGGCAGGCCUCAUCAUGGACCCAGCAACACUUGCACACACACAUACACAACUUACACACGGAAACUCUAGCAUGACGCAUGCGCAUAGCGAUGAGAGCGGUGGUCACGGCCACAUAGAAUUGCCGCCACCGCACCAGUUUAUGUUCUCGAAUCACUCAGCGGGCAAUAAUCAUCAACAAAACGCGAAUACCAGCAAUAUGCUGUCGUACGAGAGUCUACACGGUGGCACUUUUCCAUCGGUGAAUUAUCCGAGUGUUACCAUUGUAAAUGGCUUGGAUACAUUGCCGACACUCGCCACAUCCUGCGCACUCACGUCGCCGAUGAACGAUGUGCCUCGUGUGCAAUUGGUCGGCACGAGUCAAGCGAUCCCCCCGCAACACAGUCGCUCAUCUUUGCCCUCUACACCCGUGCAUCUGUCCGCGUCCCGCAAACGUAAACUCUCCACUCAGUUGGAUUGCCCUGAGCUGUCCAGCAUUAAGCCAGAUCCCAGCUUGAGAAUGAGUCCGACGAGCGGCGCUGCAACAGCUUCGGAUCUGAAAAAGCUUGGCACCUCAUCACCAGUUAGCAUCGCACUACCCGCUCAUGCGGCGGGUGACAUUAGCAGCACGCCCGCGCACUCAGCUGCCUCGCUAUCUCCCGCGCUUUCGACCAUUAACUCGAAUCCGGACAACAGUCUCGAUGGCAACAGCAGUGCGCCAAGUGGCGGCGGUGAGGGUGGCGAUAGUAAUGCUCUUACACCCUGCAUUCGUUUCAGUCCGUUCCAGCCGCAGAAUUGGCACAAACUCUGCGAUCAAAGCUUGCAGGAAAUCGCGGUAGUUUAUUACCGAGUGGACGCAGACAAAGGCUUCAACUUCUCCGUGUCCGAUGAUGCAUUCGUUUGCCAAAAGAAGAACCACUUUCAAAUUACUUGCCACGCGCGUCUGCAAGGGGAUGCAAAGUUCGUCAAGACACCGUCCGGUCUGGAGAAAAUCAACUCCUUCCAUUUACAUUUUUAUGGAGUGAAGUUGGAAGCGCCAAAUCAGACAAUACGCGUAGAACAGAGUCAAUCCGAUCGCUCCAAGAAACCGUUCUAUCCUGUGCCCAUCGAUCUCCAGAGUCACAUUGUUAGCAAAGUCACAGUGGGCCGCCUACAUUUUUCGGAGACUACCAAUAACAAUAUGCGAAAGAAGGGACGUCCCAAUCCCGAACAACGCUACUUCCAGCUGGUGGUGGGUCUCCACGUACACACCAUCUCUGGCAACUUUCCAAUCAUCAGUCAGGGUAGUGAACGCAUUAUUGUGCGGGCCUCAAAUCCCGGUCAAUUCGAAUCGGAUGUGGAUCUCUGCUGGCAGCGCGGUAUCACGCAGGACUCAAUCUUUCACGCUGGACGUGUUGGUAUCAACACUGAUCGUCCCGACGAGAGUUUGGUUGUGCAUGGUAAUUUGAAAGUGUCCGGCCACAUAGUGCAGCCCAGUGACAGUCGUGCGAAACACGAGAUCGGCGAGUUGGACACUUCAGUACAGCUCCGUAACCUGCAAAAAAUACGCAUCGUACGCUAUCGGUACGCACCAGAAUUCGCGGUUCACUCAGGCCUAAAGCGUUCGUGCGAGAGCGACACCGAGGAGAUCGUCGACACUGGCGUAAUUGCGCAAGAGGUGCGCGAAGUUAUACCCGAUGCGGUAAAAGAGGCUGGCAGUAUUGUACUGCCAAAUGGCAAUGUCAUCGAAAACUUUCUGCUGGUCAAUAAGGAUCGGAUUCUAAUGGAAAAUAUUGGCGCUGUUAAAGAGCUCUGCAAGGUCACUGGAUCGCUUGAGACGCGCAUCGAGGAUUUGGAGCGCAACAAUCGGCUGAUAAAACAGUACGAGUUCGAGCAACGGAGUAAGAAAUAUCGCAUCGGAAAGGCCUGUGGACUACGUGGUGGCUAUGAGAUAUGCUCGAACAAGUCCUUGCAGAUAGUUAUAUUUUUAUUAGUAAUCGUUAUGGCUGCAUGCCUGGCUGCUGUUUCCACUCUGUACUUCGUUGAGCACAAUAAACAAAGUUACAAUUACAAGCAACUGGAUCGCAUACAGUUCCACAGCAACGGCCAACUACUUGGCCAUGAUUCGGUCCUCAUAAAUGAGCAAGAAGGCUACAUCGUGCAAGUACAUAACCUGCUUAGCAGGAAUAAAACUCUACAGCAUGGGGGCACAUCACGCCCGCCUGGUCAUCGAAAUUUCACGCGCUCUCGUCCUGAAAUCAUCUAUGACGAAACUGGCGAUUUGUAUUCGCCGAAUGGUCGCACUGAUGAACUGACGGUCGUCAUGGAGAAACCGCUUGUUAGUCUGCAGCCACUGCAUCCCCGAAAGGAUACAUUUAAAGUGACGACUACAGCACCGCAAUUGCGUAUCAAUAAAACAAUAAGCAGCAAAAAUAAAUCCAAAUGGCCGCAGGCCCAAGUUGUGCCCAAGAUAAUUGCAUCCUUCCAGAACACACGAGGCACCAGCAGCACACAGCCCGAGAGCAGCGUCAAUUUAACAGCAAACCAAAAGCGCGCCGAGUCGCUGGCCACUAAUGAAACAUCUUCGGAGAAAGUUACCGACACGGUACCAUUGGCACACGACUUUGACAACAAUUCCAUCGAUAUCGAUGCUCAACAUGUUACUAAAAAGACUACGGCUGUCAGAGAUUCGGCUGUGCGACCAGCCAGUUCACCUGAGGAAGCCCUAUCGGAGAAUGCUGAAAUUAUUGCCGAUUCGAUUGGUCCCAUUGUAAGCACGUCCAGUAGCGAUGUAAAUAGCAAAAAUAAUGUCAACCACAGUGAAAACAGUAGAAACAACAACAUCAACAUUAACAAUAAUGUGCCAGAUACCACUGCCCCUGCCUACAGUCACCGUUCGCGCAAUGUCUAUAAGGCAGUCUCGCCACCUUCUGCGCUUCUGCCGCUUACUACCAACAAGGUAACGAUAGACAACAUACCGAAUAAUUACUCACUGGAAGUACCCGCGAUCUCAAACAAGAGUCAAGCGGUGCUGGAGAGCAGAUUGGAUAGCACAGAUCUAUUGGACUUACAGAGCCUAAGCAACAACAAUGAGUCUGUGGAUAAUCCCAUCACGGCAUGGUUUGGAUUCGACUUCGGCUUAGGUCGAGAAUCGGUGCUAGGACGCAGAUCGACUUCGCAGCGCAGUGUCGGACGAAUAUAUUGUAAACUUGUGCAGGUAGAGAUGUUCGGCGUACCGCCACAAUGCUCACAAAAGCCAAACAACGAUGAGGUGUCUAACUGUCAGUCCUUUUGCUUCGAAGAAUCUAAUCAGUUGCCCUUGCUACAGGCCAACUUAGCAGGCACAGCACACAGCAAAGAAGAUACAAUGCCAACAGAGAAACUGACAGCCAACGAAAACAUACAACAAGUUUCAGACACAAAUUCCGAUAGUGCCGAUAGUGAUGCCGAUGUCAAUACACAGCCACGCUCGUUGGCCACGCCAAUACUGUCGGCAAAUGCCACCUUCAUUGGAACGGAUAAAAAAACUCAAGUGGUCGAGGUGUCCAGCGAACAGCGUUCAGACCUUUCGGACUCUUCAAAAGAUGCGUCCAGCUCCGAUGAACGCAUUGACAUUGAUGGUAAGGCGAUAGACGAAGCCCUUGGCCCACAAGUAAGCGGUGCAUCUUCGGAAAUACAAGCUGGACCAGCAACAACUCAAACCGAAUGUUGGCAGAUAAAUAGCUGUCUGAUCGCCGAAAGCCAAAAUGAAACCUUUGGCAUGGAGCAUCAUUGCCCACACGGUGGCAAAUCACUGAACAUGACCUAUAUAAUACCGCUAUCGAGAUUUUUCAAAGAGUCUAGCAUACAACUGCAAUUGACCUCCAGCGUGCCGCUACUGUGGACAAUUUGCAGUAACCGCGAGCUGACGAAACACCAGGGCGCACAUUUGUUGCAAUCAUCUGCCCAUCAGCUCAGCGCAAACAUUGUGCAGCGUCAAGCGAACGUGUCGCUCAUCUACUUUAACAUUCCAAGUCGGGGCUAUUUCGUGCGAAGUUUGGCGUUGCGCGCCUCAACCAACGAUUCGAAAAAGCAAAAUAUUUGCCAGGAGACAGCACACGAAGCAAACACUUUACUGCAGUACAACUUUAGCAUCGUAAGAGAUUGUGAUUAGUGAUAAAUUAACGGAAUUUCCGAUAUUCGAUAUCAGAAAAGAACAAAAAUUCAGCGCGCAAAUCGGCAAUAGCAGAGAGAACUAUUUGAAAAAGCCAACAGCCACCAGCAACCAAACAAAAUUCUACUCGUAAAUAAAAUACAUUCAUAAAUGAAAUACAUUCAUACAUACAUACAAAAACAUACAAGCGUAUGCAUUAUUUAAAUUGGUUUAGAAAGAGCGAAGAAAAAAAAAUUGAUUAUAAUAAAAAUUAUCAAGUGUUUGGGGAAAAUGAAGAAAUUACAAAAUACGUGCUUAGUUUAGUUCUACUUUACAUACUCGUAUAUACAUACAUACAUACAUACCUAUAAAAGAAUUGUUAGAAAAAUGGAAGUUAAUCAAAUUGUAGUGUAUAUAAAAACAAAAAAAAACAAAGCUUGUAAACAGAUGAGUACAGAAAACAUUGAGGGCACCUUAAAACCUUGAGAUGAAAAGCAAAUAAGGAUUUUAACCACUGCUAAAAUAUAUAAAUGGAAACUGAAUAUUUAAAUAAAAGAUUUAAAAAAAAA